CCCCACCGCGCGCACACUGCGUCAUCGUCACGAGCGGAACGCGAAACCUGGAAAUUUUUGGCACCGCGACUGUGACUUACCACAACACCAACACUCUCCGGAUAGUUGCGCUCUUCAAGCACGUAUUCCAGUGCUAAUAGUCGCAGCUAUGGUGUACAUACGUCAGGACAAGCUCCCGAAACUCAAAGAGUACAAAUAUUCUGGCGUGGACCACAGUCUGGUGUCGCGGUACAUUUUGAAGCCUUUCUACACUAAUGUGGUGAUUCACUGCUUUCCCAUGUGGAUGGCACCGAAUCUUAUCACGUUGAGCGGGUUCGGAUUCAUCAUCAUAAACUUCAUUACACUCCUCUGGUAUACGCCGACACUUGAUCAAGACUGCCCACCAUGGGUCUAUGCAAGUUGGGCGGUUGGGCUAUUCCUAUACCAGACGUUUGACGCGGUUGAUGGAACGCAGGCCCGAAGAACUCAUCAGAGCGGACCGCUGGGAGAGCUAUUCGAUCAUGGUGUCGAUGCCAUCAACACAACGCUUGAGGUGUUACUCUUCUCUGCAGCCAUGAAUCUCGGACAGGGAUGGAAGACAGUCCUGACCCUCUUUGCUUCACUCAUGACAUUCUACAUUCAAACCUGGGACGAGUAUCAUACCCACACUCUCACCCUUGGUGUCAUCUCCGGACCCGUGGAAGGAAUUCUCACACUGUGCAUUGUCUUUGCCCUCACGGCUGUCCUUGGCGGUGGUAGCUUCUGGCAGCGUUCCAUGUUUGAAAGCCUAGGAAUGAAGAACUACGAAUUCAUUCCAGAUGUGGUCUACGACCUAGCUUGGAAUGAGUGGUACAUGGUUUAUGGAGGUGUUGUCCUCAUCUUUAACACCAUCUUGAGUGCCUUGAACGUCAUGGAAGCCCGUCGUGCCCGUGGACAAAAGACUCGCGUUGCCCUUCUCGGACUACUUACUUUUGCGGCCGCUUGGACUCUCAUCCCAGUCUACCUCUACCUGCAGCCUGUCAUCCUUCACCACCACUUGCUCCCAUUCGUCUUCUACGUUGGCAUUAUUAACGCUUACUCAGUCGGCCGAAUCAUCGUCUCCCAUCUCACCAAGUCCCGUUUCCCUCGCGGCAACGUACUCAUCUUCCCCCUUGCCUACGGUGUCAUUGACUCACUUGGCCCAUGGUUACAGCAGCAUGUCGGUUCCGCAUUCGGCGAUGACUGGGGUCGAUUUUUUGGUUGGCCAAGCGCGUUGGGUAACGAUGUUUACCAAGUCGCAUUUGUGUUCAUGUGCUUGGGACUCGCUAUUGGCGUCCACGGAAGUUUCGUCAUCGAUGUUAUAUUCGCCAUUUGCGAUUACUUGGAUAUAUGGUGUUUGACGAUCAAGCACCCAUACCAGGAAAACGAGGAGAGUGAACAGAAAAAGGACAAGUAGUUUUUUUAUGUGGCGUUCGUGCGUACGGCGUAGACCGCGAAUACGUAGGGGGGGGUAAGGGUAAACCUGAGUAUGCCGAAGACGGGCUGGCGUCUCAAAUGGACAGAUAAAGGAUUCUGCGUAUGAUCAGAAUAAAGUCGUGCUAUCAAGCCUCCCGAGGGAAGCAUCCACAGGAUGCGAAUUUCUGUCCUAAAUUGCCCCUUGUCAUGCACCAUGUUCAGUAAUAAAAUGCAA